UUGUGGGUUGGAAAAAUGAAAGUGUUGUAGGGGAUGAAUGGAUUGUCAGGGAUGUGUCGCUAGCUCAGCAGCAGCCACACUCUCUCUUUAAUCAGAUUUUGCCGACGCAGCGGGUCUACACGGACGCUGUCAGACACCACUGACCUACAUGUGCCGGUCGCUGUAUCAGGAUUUGUUUUGCUACAUAUAGCCAGUUAGCUGCUAGCUGGUUAGCUAGUAGUGCUAACUUUUUAAAAAAAAGCAGUGCUGUCAAGUCGGAAUAACAUCCGGCAUCACAAAGUAGCAUUGGUUAUAUCAUAUGACUACCAGGACUUAAGACCGUCAUCCUGUCACAAUGUAUCCGAUGUUUUUUUCACCAAUUAAUGAAAUAAGCCGCCCUGAAAAAGAUUAUAAUAACAACAGCGGGCUUGCUAACGUGUGUUAGCCUGUUGACAGCUGAGCUAAGCUCCACCGUCAACAUUUAAAGCAGCUGACGGUGUGAAGAAGCGUUCUGAACCACCGUCAGCUAGGAAAACCUUACCAACAGUGAACACAUAGUAUUAAUAUCUUUUUAAUAUCGGCACUGACGUUUCCAGCGACAAUGGCUAACGUUACCGACCUGCAAACUAAAUACAGUAAGCUGGCACAGGAGUACUCCAAGCUCCGUGCCCAGAACCAGGUGCUGAAGAAGGCAGUCGUGGAUGAACAGGCCAACUCUACCUCCUUAAAGGACCAGCUGAAGCAGCGGGACCAGAGCCUGAGAAAGCAGGAGCAGGAGAUGGACAGUCUCAGCUUCAGAAACCAACAGCUGGCCAAGAGGGUGGAGCUGCUUCAGGAAGAGCUGGCUGUCAGUGAAGCCAAGGGCAGAAAGGGGAAGACUAAAGGAGAUUCCCCCUCACAGCAUGGCAUGCAGACCCAGAAUGUUUUUGAUGAGGACCUGCAAAAAAAGAUAGAAGAGAAUGAGCGACUUCAUAUCCAAUUCUACGAAGCAGACGAGCAGCACAAGAGGCAGGAGGGUGAGCUGAAGGCUCGGCUUGAGGAACUGGAGAAAGACUCUCAGCAGCACCAGGCUGUGGUGGACGGACUCACCUCUAAGUACAUGGAAACUAUCGAGAGGCUGCAGAGUGACAAGGCACGCUUAGAGGUGAAGGCACAGACUCUGGAGAGAGAAUCGAAAGAGUGUAGGUUGCGAACAGAUGAGUGUCAGCAGCAGUUGAGGCGAUGCCAGUCGGAACUCAACAGGCAGGUGAAGCAAAGCAGCAGUGUUAUCCAGGAGAAAGUGCCCUUCAAUGACACCAAAUUUAGUGACUUCAACAGUCUAAAUGUGCCACCACACAAUCGCAGGCAUCAGCUCAAAGCACGGGAUGUUGCAGGUCAGGCUUUGGGCUUCAUUCAGGACCUCGUGGCUGCUCUGCUGAACUUCCACUCGUACACAGAGCAGAGAGUGCACAUCUAUCCCUUGGACUCCUCUAUUGAGCAAAUCUCCCCUCUGAACCAGAAGUUUUCCCAGUAUCUUCAUGAAAACGCAGCCUAUGUGCGCCCCCUGGAGGACAGCUUCCUGCAGUUACACCAAAGCAUCACAGAGGACACCGUUACAGUGCUGGAGACUGUGGUCAAGCUGAAGGGAUUUGCUGAUAACUUCUCUUCGUACACCCAUUUUCUACAAAAGAUUCUUCCCUACCAGCUGAAAAGCCUGGAAGAAGAGUGUGAAGCACCUCUUUGUACUGCCGCCCUUCGUGCGAAAAACCAGGAGCUGCAGAAUGACAUGAAGAAAGUAACUUCUGUCUUUGAGAAGCUGCAGAACUACAUUAACCUUUUGGCCUUACCCAGUGUUCAGCAGGAUGCCAUGCCACAGAGCAGCACCUCCGCCGUCUUCACCCAGCUGGCUGCCUGCCUGCACAGUCUUCACGACGCCAUUAAAGAAAUGUCAAAGCACUACAACCAGAAGGCCGGCUUAGAGCAGGAGCUCCCAACUGUCACCCAGAAGCUCUGCACCACAACAGAGUGUCUGCUGGGAUCUUUGGGCUCGCUGAACAGCAGCACCGGCAAGAUCGCCACUUUUUUCAGCAACAACUUGGACUUCUUCACGUCAUCAGGCUACAGUCCAAGAGGCAGCACAGCAGCCCUCAACCCCUUGCAAGCAGAGAGCAUGCUGGCCAACAAAAAGAAAGCAGCUGCCUAUAUUCACGCUAUCAGAAAGACCAGGCCACAGUCUGUUCCAUACAGAGAAGCCUUAUCAAACCGUCGUAUACUCACCAGCUCCACCGAGAGUAGAGAAGGUCUCACUCAGCAGGUGCAGCAGAGCCAGGAGAAGAUUGCUCGGCUGGAGCAGGAGAAGGAGCACUGGCUCCUGGAGGCCCAGCUGGGGAAGGUGCGGCUUGAAAAGGAGAACCAGCGCAUUGCAGACCUGGAAACACAGCUCGCAGCAGCUCUAGGGGGAAGUCCAAACUCGCAAACAGCUGCAGCCGGUACACUCGCACAGAGUCACGAUGAAGCAGAUACAGAGCUGAAAGCUGCAGGAAAAGAGUCAACGCUGUGCACCAGCCUGGUCGGCAUGUUGUGCACAACACCCACAGUUGAGCAUGUGGGAGACGAGGAGUCCAGGGAGCAUCUUAUAAAGACUCACUACAUGACCAGAGUGGGGGAGCUCACCACUCAGCUCCAGAUUUCUGACAGUAAAGCAGUUCACUUCCACUCUGAGUGUCGCGCUUUGGCCAAGAGAUUAGCUAUUGCAGAGAAAUCGCGGGAGACGCUGAGCGAGGAGGUCAAACUGGCUAAUCAGAACAUCACACGCUUGCAGGAUGAGUUGGCUACGACUAAAAGGAGCUACGAAGACCAGCUGAGCAUGAUGAGCGACCACCUGUGUAGUAUGAACGAGACGCUGAGCAAACAGAGAGAGGAAAUCGACACGCUUAAACUGGGCAACAAGGGAAACGCCAAAAAGAACAAAGGUCGCUAGAGCUGCUUUCAAACACUGUGUUUCAAACACACUGGCUCUGUUUGGGAUCACAAGGGCACCCCGAAGGAAGAUGUGGACUGUGGAGCCUCCCAGCAGCGUCUUGGUACCAGUACCGCCACCGUCACCACAACCACAGGACGGUUACAAGAGCCUCAGAUUAUCAGGCAGCGGCAAUACAAAUGAACUAUGUGGGGGCUUGAACAUGUCUGACUGAAGUAGCUUCUUUUUUCCCCCUUUUUUCCAUAUCACAGCACCAGUUAUAAGAUAACAUGAUUUGCUAAAAAAAAAAACCUGUUGUGAAUCUGUAUCGGAAGCUGCUGCUUGACCUUUUGGUCAAAGCAGGCUGAGAGAGAAACAACUUUUUCCGCCCCAAAAGGGACAGAGGAAGAUAAACAGCUGAAACAGUUGAAGUCAUGACUUGAAGACCAAACCCUGUUGGUGUGUGUGUGUGUGUGUGUGUGUGUGUGUGUGUGUGUGUGUGUGUGUGUGUGUGUGUGUGUGUGUGUGUGUGUGUGUGUGUGUGUGUGUGUGUGUGUGUGUGUGUGUGUGUGUGUUUGCCCUGCUUAAUGUACAGUACGUGUGAGAGAAAUUGAAACUGCAUUCUUACUGCUUAUCUGUGGGAGGAGGCGAACUGAGUAAAUGUUGGUGCGGCUGUAUGUGUGCAGAGUGUCGUCUCAUUGUGUGACUGUGGCACCAGGCUUUACAACAUGUGAGUAUUGUUUUACACUUAGAUUUUCUUUUUUUUAGAUUAAAUUUGAGAUUAUUUGUGCAAGUGGUUGUGAGGGCCUGUAUGUCUAUAUACAGCAUAAUAUCCCUUCUAACACAUGCGUCACAAGAAGAAGGGCUUUACAACCUCUGAUGAACAACUAACAAGAGACACACUUGAAUUCAUUCCUCAUUGUGGAAAAUUUUAAGUGCUUUGGGGCCAGAUUAAAGAAAAGAUGUCUGCCUCUGAGCACUGAUUAACUGUGUUUACCUAGAAGAAAAGGGUAUGAUGGACAAGUCGGAGCUUGUGAAAUGGUGUCAGUUUGUCUGUGUGAAGUUAACUCUUAACACUAGUCAUUUUUAUCACCAAAGUAAGUGUGGAUGUGCACUCAGAAGCUUGGUGUAGCACAGCACACUCUAAACUUCAUGUUAUAUGGGUAAAAAGGGUUUAUUGUGAAUAUACACUCAUUUUAAAUCAAGAUAUAAUUGUACUGUAUGAUUUCUAAAUAUAUAUAUAUAGAUAUAGAUAUAUACAAAAAGGCAUUUAUUCAGAGGUUACAACAUUUUCCACACACUGCAAUCUGCAGCUACUUUUUGGGUGUCUCCUAUAAGGCUACAUUACUGGGAAAAGUCUGAGUGGUUGGCCAAUACUGUAACUGGUGCUUAGACAACCUGAUUCAUGAGUGCAGUUAAAGUUUACAAUAUACUUAGAACCUCUCUGGCUUGUACCAACAUGAUGAGCUGAUUGAGAAAGACCCAGCAGUCCAUUGAACCCUCUUGUUCGCCAGUCUACACCUGCCAGCAAACCUUUGAUCGCAAAGAUUUGCCAACGCCCCCGUAAAUUGAUCAAAAAGAAUACUUGUAUCCUCACAGUGUAACCUGUUUAAAAAAGCACAUGUUAAUAUGUGAAACAAAAUAAAAGCUUGCUCGACC